AUGAAGGCCAAAAGCUUUCGCAUAUUUGUUUUUCUGAUUGUGCCUUAUAUUCUGAAAAGUGUUUAUGCUAAUGAAGACAACGAAAAGAAAAAACAAAUCAAUAACUAUCCGAACAAUGAAGAUUUAAAUUAUUUAAGUGAACUUCCUAUCAAUAAAUUAUUGAAAUUAAUGAAAUCAUUAAUGGACAUAAAACGUAAAAAUGUUUCAAAUAAUUUUUAUAAUGCUUAUGAAUCAGAAGACGAAUUAGAAAAUCGAAUUAUAAACGAAAGCAGAAAUAAUUCAUUAAUUACAACAAGUGAAUUUCUGCAUCAGCACGACAAAAAAUUUGACAGAUAUGAUGCGAUCGAAAUUCCUUGGGAGAAACAAAGUAAGAUUCAAUCAUUCUUUCAACUUAGCGUGACAGCUAUGGGAUUCCUUGCGUUUGCAGGAUAUUUAUUGUGUAUGAUAGUACAAGCAAUUAAAAGCAAAGGUACAAUGUAUAUGUAUCCUAGCACUAUGAGCGUAGCGAAUGGAGCUGCAACUGUUAAUGCCUUAAUUAAGAAAAGCAGCGCUCCUUUACGAAAACGACGACCAAUCGGUUUAGUUACCUUGCUAUAUCAUACAUUUGAUUUGGAUUCCGUGUGA